CACACAAAAAUAGGGACGGAGCUUGAUUUCUAUCAGACCCCCCCUUGCUCUCUUUGCCCCCCUCCUGCUUUAAUUCGCCGCCCCUCCGGGAACAAAACAAUACAGAACCAGGACGCUUCGUUGUGUAUGUGUGUCUCCCCCCGCCACGUUUUUGUGAAAUUGACGCCCCAAGGGGGAGCGAUCGGAAGAAGAUCGAGAUCGCGCAUCACGCAUCCGAUUGCCUCGUGCUUCCUAAUACCUGCGGGGGCUCAAGCCCUGCCGUCUUGGCGGCAGGAUGGAUUAGGGAUCCCUGAAUGGAGGAACCCGACGGGACUGGAUCGCAGAAGGCGUGCUGUUGUGCCCCCCACUCUGGGAUGACCAGGGUGGCUCCAGGUUGCUGACAUUUCCAGCAUCAAGUGCAGCAUGGCCCGGCUUGUCCAUGCCCUCUGGAGUCUCUGCAUCACCACUGUCCUUGUCACCUCAGCCACACAAGCAGGUCUAAGCCGUGCUGGCCUCCCCUUUGGUCUGGUUCGGCGGGAACUAGCAUGUGAGGGCUAUCCUAUUGAGCUGCGCUGUCCAGGCAGUGAUGUCAUCAUGGUGGAAAAUGCCAACUACGGGCGUACAGACGACAAGAUCUGUGAUGCUGAUCCCUUCCAGAUGGAGAAUGUCCAGUGCUACCUUCCAGACGCCUUCAAAAUCAUGUCCCAAAGGUGCAAUAAUCGGACACAGUGUGUGGUUGUGGCUGGCUCAGAUGCUUUCCCAGACCCUUGCCCUGGCACUUAUAAAUACCUGGAGGUCCAGUAUGACUGUGUACCCUACAUAUUCGUUUGCCCGGGGACGCUGCACAAGAUCCUGGAACCUACCUCGGCCCAUGAGUCGGAACACCAGUCCGGAGCCUGGUGCAAGGACCCUCUUCAAGCUGGAGACCGAAUAUAUGUUAUGCCAUGGAUCCCAUACCGGACGGACACACUGACGGAGUAUGCUUCAUGGGAGGACUAUGUGGGUGGUCGACACACAACCACAUAUCGCCUGCCUAACAGGGUCGAUGGCACAGGCUUUGUGGUGUAUGAUGGUGCAGUUUUUUACAACAAGGAGCGGACACGCAACAUUAUCAAGUAUGAUCUGCGGACACGCAUUAAGAGUGGAGAGACAGUUAUCAACACAGCCAACUACCAUGACACCUCACCCUACCGUUGGGGGGGCAAAACCGACAUUGACCUAGCUGUGGAUGAAAAUGGGCUGUGGGUCAUCUAUGCCACUGAAGGCAACAAUGGGCGGUUGGUGGUGAGCCAGCUCAAUCCCUACACACUACGCUUUGAGGGCACAUGGGAGACUGGCUAUGACAAGCGCUCAGCGUCCAAUGCCUUCAUGGUGUGUGGAGUCCUUUAUGUGGUACGAACAGUUUAUGUGGAUGAUGACAGUGAGGCAGCUGGGAACCGUGUUGAUUAUGCCUUCAAUACCAAUAUGAACCGUGAGGAACCCAUUUCAUUGACCUUCCCCAACCCCUACCAGUUCAUCUCCUCCAUUGACUACAAUCCACGUGACAACCAGCUCUAUGUAUGGAACAACUACUUCGUCCUACGCUACUCACUUGAGUUCGGCCCACCUGAUCCUAGCACUGGCCCAGUUACCUCGACACCAAUCAGCACUACAACCACUAUUCGUCCCACUACAGUCACCAGCACAAUCUCACCUGCUGCUACAACAACAGCACGCCAGGCACCUCUCACCACCCAUCCUAUUGGUGCCAUAAACCAGAAGGGAACAGAGCUACACCCAGUCACUGCCUUAGUACCCAGUACCCGCCGCCCACCAGCAAACAAUCAACAUAUUUCUCCAGAGCUUUUUUGUGAGGCCAAGGAGGUGCGACGUGUCCAGUGGCCAGCCACUCAACAAGGCAUGCUAGUUGAAAGGCCCUGCCCUAAGGGUACUCGAGGCAUUGCUUCCUUCCAGUGUCUUGCUUCCCUUGGAAUCUGGAACCCACGAGGUCCUGACCUCAGCAAUUGCACAAGUCCAUGGGUCAAUCAAGUGGCUCAGAAGAUCAAGAGUGGAGAGAACGCAGCCAAUAUUGCCAGCGAACUAGCCCGCCAUACACGAGGUGCCAUCUAUGCUGGAGAUGUUAGUUCCUCUGUCAAACUGAUGGAACAACUCCUGGACAUUCUGGAUGCCCAGCUCCAGGCACUGCGCCCCAUUGAGAGAGAAUCAGCUGGCAAGAACUACAAUAAGAUGCACAAGAGAGAAAGGACAUGUAAGGACUAUAUCAAGGCUGUGGUAGAGACAGUGGACAAUCUCCUGCGCCCUGAGGCACUAGAGUCAUGGAAGGAUAUGAACGCUACAGAGCAGGUGCACACAGCCACAAUGCUGCUUGACAUCCUGGAGGAGGGGGCCUUCUUACUGGCUGACAAUGUCAAAGAGCCAGCCCGCUUUGUUGCAGCCAAGGAUAAUGUGGUGCUUGAGGUUUCUGUGCUGAACACAGAGGGGCAAGUGCCCGAGCUUAUUUUUCCACAUGAUUAUACUACGAAAAACUCCAUCCAGCUGUCAGCCAACACGAUCAAGCAAAACAGUCGUAAUGGGGUAGUCAAAGUUGUCUUCAUUCUCUACAACAAUUUGGGUUUUUUUCUCUCUACUGAGAAUGCCACCAUCAAGCUGGGCAGUGAGGCUGGUCACCUUAGCCCCUCACUGGUCGUCAACUCACAAGUCAUCGCUGCCUCCAUCAACAAGGAAUCUAGCCGUGUCUUCCUAAUGGACCCUGUCAUCUUCACCCUCUCUCACCUGGAGGACAAAAACCACUUCAAUGCCAACUGUUCUUUCUGGAACUACUCGGAGCGCUCCAUGAUGGGUUACUGGUCCACACAGGGAUGCCGACUGGUGGAGACUAACAAGACCCACACCACCUGUGCAUGUAGCCAUCUCACCAACUUUGCUGUGCUCAUGGCACACCGUGAAAUUUACCAGGGCCGCAUCAAUGAACUGCUGCUGUCUGUCAUCACGUGGGUGGGUAUUGUGAUUUCCUUGGUCUGUUUGGCCAUUUGUAUCUCCACCUUCUGCUUCCUGCGUGGGCUGCAGACUGACCGCAACACCAUCCACAAGAACCUCUGCAUCAAUCUCUUCAUCACUGAGCUGCUCUUUCUCAUUGGAAUUGAUAAGACUCAGUAUGAGAUUGCCUGCCCUAUCUUUGCUGGGUUGCUGCACUACUUUUUCCUUGCAGCAUUCUCUUGGAUGUGCCUGGAAGGCAUCCACCUUUACCUCAUGCUACUUGAGGUCUUUGAGAGCGAGUACUCCCGCAAGAAGUACUACUACUUGGGCGGCUAUUGCUUCCCUGCCCUUGUAGUAGGCAUUGCUGCUGCCAUUGACUACCGCAGCUACGGCACCGACAAAGCAUGCUGGCUUCGAGUUGAUAACUACUUCAUCUGGAGCUUUAUUGGGCCUGUCUCUUUUGUUAUUGUGAUCAACUUGGUAUUCCUCAUGAUUACUCUGCACAAGAUGAUCCGCAACACAUCUGUCCUCAAGCCUGAUUCCAGUCGACUGGACAACAUCAAGUCUUGGGCACUUGGAGCCAUCACUCUCCUUUUCCUCCUGGGCCUCACCUGGGCAUUUGGCCUCCUCUUCAUCAACAAGGAGUCUAUUGUCAUGGCUUAUCUCUUCACCACCUUCAAUGCUUUCCAGGGCAUGUUCAUCUUUGUAUUCCAUUGUGCACUGCAAAAAAAGGUUCACCGGGAAUUUAGCAAAUGUCUGCGACAUGCAUCUUGCUGCUUACGGAGCCCACCAGGGGCCACUCUAGGCUCCCUCAAGACCUCAGCCAUCCGCAGCAACAACCGUUACUACACUGGAACGCAGAGCCGGAUUCGGAGGAUGUGGAAUGAUACUGUAAGAAAACAAACAGAGUCCAGCUUCAUGGCAGGUGAUCUCAACAGCACUCCUACCCUUAACCGAGGCACAAUGGGGAACCACCUGCUGACCAACCCCGUGCUGCAGACACGGGGCGGGACCAGUCCCUACAACACACUCAUUGCUGAGACCGUGGGCUUCAACCCUGCCUCCCCCCCUGUGUUCAACUCCCCAGGGAGCUUCCGAGAGUCCAAGCACCCCCUGAACAACAGCCGAGACGCCUGUGGCAUGGACACCCUCCCGCUCAAUGGCAACUUCAAUAACAGCUACUCCCUCCGCAGUGGUGACUUCCCAGCUGAUGGCACUAAGAUGGCUGAUUGCCGACGCAACCUGAGUGAUGCUGCAGCCUUUGAAAAAAUGAUCAUUUCUGAGCUGGUUCAUAACAACUUAAGGGGAGGAGGAAGUGGUGUGGUCAAGGGAGGUGGGGUUUCGACAGAGCCCUCCAACCCCCCUGGGCCACCUCCCCCUCCCAAUGUAGCAGCAGGGGGAGGGGGUACCAACAGUGAGGAUGACGCCAUUGUGCCUGAUGCCCCUUCUUUGACCCAUGAGGAGAACAUGGAAAUUGAACUCAUGUACAAGGCCUUAGAGGAGCCGCUCUUGCUUCAGAGGGCACAGUCCAUCCUCUACCAGAGCGACUUGGAGGAGUCGGAGAGCUGCACAGCUGACCUGACAGAAGGGGGAGAUGGCCAAGCUCCUUCACCCAACAGGGACUCUUUAUACACCAGUAUGACCAACCUGAGGGACUCCCCAUAUCCGGACAGCAGCCCUGAGGCGGUUGGGGAAGUGCUCCCUCACGCCCAAGCCAUCAAUGAAAUCUACUACACCAACCGGCCAGCCUUGGUGCCACGCAACCAGCUACAGGCCUACUACCAAGUCCGGAGACCCAGCAAUGAUGGCUACUUGGUCCCAGGAAGUUUAGAUAGCCCAGCAGUGGAGGGAGAUGGCCAAAUGCAGCUGGUGACCAGCCUCUGAGGGGUCAAAAAGGGACUGAGGGACCAUACCCCCUGAACCCCAAUACGGUAUCCUUGCCGUGACCUGAACAUUUUCAUUUUUUCCUGGAGGAAAGAGUGGGGAAGAAGAGAAUGGAGCAGGACUAGGGAAUGAAUGGAGGAGAGACAUGGAAGAAAGAGCUGAGUGUGGUAGAAUGUUUUUCCAAGGGAGGGCAGCCAUUUUGUCCUGCUUUCCUUCCAGCCAAUUAAUUUUCCAGACAGGAAGUGGCACAUUACUUAGUGGGUUAUGUCAGGCAAAUGCAAUGCAGGAAAGAGGGCAGCAUGCAGACAAAGGGUUCAGACUAGUUUUAACAAUUACUCCUAGAGAAAGGGGUGGAGGGGGGAAUAUUAAAUUGAAAGAAGAAGAAAAAUAAAUAUGGGUUUGGGGAUUUUGCUUUGUUUUAGAGUUGCUUUUUUUUGGAUACCACAAAAAUCAAAGCCAUGAGGGUGUGACAUGCUGAGAAUGGGGUACCUGGGGAAGUGCCCUGCCCUGCCUCCUGGCACAGCACCCGUUCUCCACCCUCCCAUUCCCACGACUUUGUUGCAACAGAGGCCUGUUUUUCAGUACAAGGGACAAAUGGCGGCCUUAUGGCACUUGGCCUAGUUGGGGUAUAGAUGCAAUUAUUGCCAAAAAAUAUUUAGAGGGAAAUAAGGGGGGGAAUGUGCAGGAGAAGAAGAAGGAGUUGUUCAGAUGACGCUCAGCCCAGAAGUUGCUUUUCAGUAUUUGUUGACUGUCACAGUUUAUCAGUAGGACUUUGCCUUUGGUUCUUUCUUUCA